AUGGCCUUCCUUUUCUUUCCCUCUUUGUUUCUUCCCCACUCUCUGCAGAGGACGGAGAGCAGAAGAUCCAGCGCGUGGAGCAGCAGAUCUCCAUCUCCUUGUGCAUGCAGUCAUCGACUGGGGAUUCGGUCGGCGGCGGAGGUGCUGCGGCGGCGGCGACAACAAGUCUCCAGAUCCAAGACCCUUGCGCACACAGUCAUUAACUGGGGAUUCGGUCGGCGGCGACGGCAAGUCUCCAGAUCCAAGACCCUUGCGCACGCAGUCAUUGACUGUGGAUUCGGUCAUCGACGGAGGUGUUGCGGCGGCAACAGCGGCGAAGCUCCAGAUCAGGCUACAGUGGCUAAUCGAGCGGUGAGCAACGUAGCCCCUUUGGUGGUGCGAGGCGGUAUCCAAUCGAGGCGUCACGACGGCGGUAGCCUUGAUCUGCGGUGGGGCUUAGGGAAAUACGGGAAGAAGAGAAGGAAGAGAUGA